CCAUGCUUUCUUUGUCUUUAUGUUUCGUUGGAGUCGAUUACCAGAUCGCAUUGGCCUGAGAUGGAUCCAUACAUCUACCUCAUUAAGGAUCCCCCAGCCUGAUAUCAAACCUACAUUAGGCCGUCAUCGAUCUAAAAUCAAACGCAACAAGACAAUAGCUAUUUUACCAGACAGUCAAUUAUAAACCCCAUCACUUACUGACAUCAUUGCCCGAGAAAUAUACUUCAUUUUUACCAAGUUAUGUAUUACAGGAACUCGAGUUGAGCGUAAGAUCAGGAUUGAUCCCUAAGGGAUCCAUGGCUUCCUUGAGCCAUUCAGACCAUAUUGCCAUGAGUGGGUCUAGUCCUGGUGCGAUUUACUUGCUGGACCAUGUUGUACAUCAAUUAGCUGCUAAAAAUAAGGCUAAUUUACUGACAUUGGAUCCUUAUGAUUUUGUAUUUCUAGCUCAAAAGAACUUUAGUCGAGAUGUGGCUACUGUAUUGCCUAUUCUAUCUUCUAUGGAUGCUGACUCGAAUGUGAUUUUAGCUCUUUCUCAACCAAGCGAAGAAGAAGAAGAAGAAGUAGAAGAUCUGUCUAAAGGAGACAACUAUGAAAUUUACCUAAAAGACGAUAGUGAGCAUGAACAAGAAGAAGAAGACAGGAAUCACGAUAAACUGAAGAUCAAUAUCCAACCAAACAAGUUUACUUUUGACAACGGGAUUGAAAUUGAUUUAGACGAUAUCGAUACUGGAUCCAAACACAUCCAUCGAUUGACCAAAGCAACACUCUAUCAAAUAUCACAAAAAUACACAGCCAUGUUUAAACAACUCUUGACAGAGAACAAUGAACCCAAGAUAGUGUAUUUAAGAGACUAUGGUUCCAUGCAAGAUGCUUUUACGCGUAUCAUGCUGAAAUCACUUGCCACAGCUGUUGAAAGCUUAAAACAAAAGGACCAUGCUAUCAUGAUCAUGGCUUCUUAUGGUCAAGAAGACACUAUUCCAGUCAUUCCUAAUUUGCGUACGAUACGUGUACUACCAUCCCUGCAGAAUCAAGACCAUAUAAAGCAAUGGAAAUCUAUGUUGAAAAGUGAUCAAGCUUCUUAUCAUGCCGAAAUCAAUGCAAAACAACUGGUGGGUGUCUAUCGUCAAAAGAAUGUACAUUUAGAACACCAAGGACUGUUAGAAGGACUGAUGACACUCAAUUUAUCCAAAUCAGUCUGGCAUCCUGACCAAGUAGACCGUCGUGUGAUGACAGCGAUUGGUCAUGCUUUAUACCAGAACAAAACCAAAAUAGAAGUAGAAGACUUUGUCAAGGCCAAUGAAAUUAUAGACCAAGUAGCGCAGUUAAAUAAUGAAAAGAAACUCAAUCAUGAUAUGGAAUAUCUGAAAAAGACAUGCAAUGAAUAUGAAAAAAAAUUACUGACGAGAAUAGUCAAUCCAUCUCAAGUAGAAGGCUCUUUUAAACAAGUGCGUGCUCCUGCCAGUACGACUGAGACGCUUCAGACCUUGAUUUCAUUGCCUUUGAUUAGACCAGACUUGUUUAACAAGGGUAUUUUGAAAAAGAACUUUAUUCCUGGUGUAUUAUUGUUUGGUCCACCUGGUACAGGAAAGACUAUGCUGGCAAAAGCAGUAGCCAAAGAAAGUGGAAGUCGAAUGUUGGAUAUUCAAGCAAGUGAUGUAUAUGAUAUGUAUGUUGGUCAAGGGGAGAAAAAUGUGAAGGCUAUAUUUUCACUUGCACGAAAACUAUCCCCCUGUGUCAUCUUUAUUGAUGAAGUAGACAGUUUGAUGAACAAGCGAGGUUCAGACUAUUCCUCAAAAUCACACCGAGAAAUUAUCAACCAGUUCAUGGUCGAAUGGGAUGGACUGUCAAGCAAUAACCAAGGAGUUAUCGUCAUGGCUGCAACCAACAGACCAUUUGAUUUAGAUGAUGCAGUCUUGAGACGUAUGCCACGACGUAUCUUGGUCGAUUUACCGAACCAACAAGAUCGUAUCGAAAUUCUUAACAUAUUACUUCAAGAUGAACCACAUCAGGUGUCGUUGGUGGAAAUCGCAAAAGCAACGGAGCAUUAUUCGGGAUCGGACCUGAAAAAUGUGUGUGUUACAGCUGCGUUAAAAGCAGUUCAGCAGCAAGUAGCUACCAAUAUACCCCAAGUAUUGACCAUGGAACACUUUAAGGAGGCUAUCAGAAUGGUGCCUCCUAGUUCAAGUGAAGAAAUGGAGAGUCUGGUAGAAAUUAGAAAAUGGGAUAGCAAAUUUGGUGAUGGUAAAAAGAAAAACAAGGUGAUGAUUGGUUUUUAAUAUCAUGUGUUGACACGUCAAAAACUAUCUGAGUUUACAUGGAGCACAUCUAUACAUCUUUAAUGUUAUGACGAGUGGUCUUUAUGUCAUGAAGUUAAAGUUUUUAUCAUUUAUAGUAAUUUCAUCAAAAGCAAACCUGAAAAAGGGAGAAUUCCUUACAACUCCGCCUUGCAUACUCAAAUAAACAUCCUUUUUUUUUCUCUU